UUUGGACCGUCUGUCACUGCUAAAAUGAUGGCGGACGAUCAAACUGUACACGGAGUUCCUCCGCCACUGUCUGCUAAAGUGGUUGGGUCAUUUGCUUAUUUGACUGUAAAAGACAGAUUGCCGACCAUCCUGACUAAAGUUAUAGACACAAUACAUCGCAACAAAAACAAGUUUUUUGAAGAACAUGGAGAGGAGGGCAUCCAGGCAGAGAAGCAAACAAUAUCUCUACUGUCUAAGCUGAGGAAUGAGCUGCAAACUGAUAAAGCAAUACUGCCGCUGACAGACGGCCUUCAAGACACCGAGUCUUGGAACCAGUACUUGCAAAGACAUCAGGGACUGCAAGGGGACCAGGAGUCCGUCAGCUGGUUCAAGUCACCGUGGCUUUAUGUGGAGUGCUACAUGUACCGUAGGAUACAGGAGGCCGUCUGGCUCAAUCCUCCCAUCAGUGACUAUGAUGUCUUCAAUGAGGGAAAGACUCAGAGCUUUUUUGAGUCUCAACAGGCUGUAAUGGCCUUGUGUACAUACUUGGAGAGCAUCAACAAGAGCAUGCAAGAGCUGUCUAAGAAUCAGCGGCUUGAGCACUUCGACAAACUGCUGCUGGUUUCUCUGUGGGGGAACAAGUGUGACCUGUCUAUCUCUGCUGGCAAAGAGAACUCCCAGAAGACCAGUCCAAUAGAUUCCCUCAGCAGCCUCCAACCCUUUAUCUUGGUGAACGACUCCAACAUGGUAUGGUCAACUCUUAAUUCCGCCCAAAAGCCAGAACAGUCAGGGAAAGUCACUGCAGGCAGAGUGGACAUUGUACUAGACAAUGCUGGCUUUGAGUUAGUCUCUGACUUGGUGUUGGCAGAUUUCCUGGUUGCUUCCGGCCUUGCACGUGAGAUCCAUUUUCACGGCAAAUCCUUACCGUGGUUUGUGUCAGACGUCACAGCUAACGAUUUUAAGUGGACAAUCCAGCAGACCAUUGCAGCCAAUCACAAGUGGAUGUCCAAGAGUGGUGUCCAGUGGCAGAGGUACCUGAAGGAAGGUGUGUGGUCCUAUCAUGACCAUCCUUUCUGGACACAGCCCCAUGAGUUCUGUGACAUGGCAGCUGAUGCUCCUGACCUGUACGCAACCCUGCAGCGGGCAGACCUGGUGCUUUUUAAAGGUGAUCUAAACUACAGAAAGCUGACGGGGGACAGGGACUGGGACCACACAGUGGGCUUUGAUACUGCACUACGAGGUUUUGGGCCUGCGCCACUGUGUAGCCUGAGGACUCUCAAGGCCAACGUUCAGGUCGGUCUGCAGCCGGGCCAAGGGGAGAAGCUCACCUCCCAAGAUCCAGACUGGAUGACCAGCGGCAAGUACGCCAUCAUUCAGUUCUACAGCCCAAAAACAGAACAGUAAGACUGACCACAGGAUCUCGCCAGGAAGAUGUGGAUUCAUAAAACCGCUAAAGUAAGAAGCACCAUAAGCAGGACAUACCUUUAAGCCAUAAAACCAUUAAGUUAUAAAAGUUUGUUAAAUGGUGUCUUUGUUCCUCAUCGUAGGUUAGCACUUAAACAUGUUUGAUACAGAAAUGCACGAUAACAAAAAUAUUAAAGUUUUAUUUUCAAUACAGAUUUGUAUAGAUCUCAUACUUAAAAUGCUAGCACUUUUGGAUGUAAGUGUUUGGUGAUGAUUUGAACACAACAGUUGUUUACGGUGAGAUAUUUAUCAUGAAAGGCAACAAAUCAAGGUUGCAUUUUAUUUGCUAAUAGGUUAUGUGUUGUGCACAGUGUAUUAAGUCGCAAUGUUUACAGGGGAAUGUAGAUGCUGUUAACAAUUAUUGAGUUGAAAUUGAGUAAGCAUUUGGCUUUAUAAAUCUCCGUCCUAAGCAGCAGUAAUUUGUGCAUGCAAUUGAGGAGAAUGAUAAUAAAUGUAAUAUAUAGUUAUUUUUAUUGUAAUUCAGCUCAGCUCAGGUUGUUUUACUGUUGCUCUCAGUGUUAUUGAUAUGCAUGCAUCAAAACAUGCAGACAGCUAUUUAAAUUCACCUAAGCCAGAUCCUAACAUCAUUCGAUAACUGUUUUGCUCAGUUUGAAAGUUGGUACAGUGUUAUUGGGGCAGGGUAACAAUAACAGUGACGAUGUGUACUUGUUUUGUUUUAAAUGGCAACCCAGACCUCUGUACCUUCAUAGAUAAAAGUUGAUCUGUGCACACUGUUAUGUCAUCUAAAUCCUCAUUGUCGGUUUCAGUACUUCAGGGGUGAUCUUAACUGGAUUCUCAGUGCUGCUGGGGGAAUAAUAUAUCACUUUGAUUAAUGGAUAUGAUUUAAUAAAGUACUGCAACAACUGGU